AUGGCUAAGCAUGGAGUCAAAUUAGACACUCUUAAGGACUGUUUCCAGUUCCUUCAGUGGUUGAACGGCCCAAAAGGCCAAACUAGAAAUGUGAUAACUGAGUUUGUUCAAAGGUUGAGUCCGUAUUAUCAAUUUAAUACACAAUUAAAGGGGCAAUUGCAAGUUCAAUACACUAAGUUUCUUAAAAAUGUCUCGCUGCUAUACAAAGCAUUGUCAUCUAAUGAACAUAUUACACGGCGCACUUAUACGGUCAAAGCAAAUGAUAUUGUCGAAUCUCUUUCAGAAUACGUCCCUAAGUUCCUCGCUGCAUUAUAUUACUUGCAGUAUCGCGUUGAUACUGAGUUCGGCAAAGUUGGAGGUGGAGAUUGGGCUUCAAAGUCUCCAAAUUCCGGAGAUUUUCAGAAGUUUUUGACUACUGGGAAUGACAUUAUUGGCGGCGGGUUCAGUGCCGGAGAGCUUAAAAAUGUAAAGGGUAGCGAUCUUGUUAAAGUAUUGCGUGAAAUUUUAAAUAAAUACGGUGCUAAAGGAAAGCCGGUGCAUGAUCAUUUUCGAAAUGUUAUGUUGACGACAUUAGGCAAAUCGUUGGACGCUGGGAAUACCGGGAACGCCGUCUUUCUUCUGCCCUUUUUUUGCGAGUUGGUUCUUGAAGACUCCGGCGGCACUAAGUACAAACCCUCUAUGGAAAAAGGCAUUGGACCUAAGACAAUAUGUUGGCAAGAUUUAACAAGUCAUUGUGUGAUGCUGAAAGAAACCAUUGAUGCACUGAUGAGAGCGGGAUUUUCUGCUACCGGUAUAGCGUUUAGACCUAAGGAGGAUGUUAAAUUUGUUACAAAGGCCGCCGAGUGGUUUAGAGAAAAUUUGCUGAGUACCGCAGACGUCUUAAAACGCAUGAUACCUCAGUCAAUCCGCUCGCAGUUGAAUGAACUGCAAUCGUUUGCCAACGAUAAACUCUAUCCCCAUGGGUUCAUUUUCGACGGGAGUAAACAGAGAGUGUGGGCCAAACCCAAUAAACUAGAUGAAUGGAAUCCUAUAUUUCAAAAGUUCCUCCAGCUAGAUGAAAUGCUGAGGAAACUUAAAACGAUUUUGGAUGGUUAUAAUUGCGGCGCUGCGCCCUUGGUCACCAAAGCCGAGGCGGCGAAGCCGACUGCCACUAAAACUGAGGCGACUAAAACAGAGGCUGCGAAGCCUGCUUCACCUAAAGCUAAGGUAACAUUAAAUCAGAAUAAUGUUCAAAGUGGAGGAAAUGCUUCAACUUCAUCAGUUGGCAAACCUUCAUCUCAGCCUUCCGGUGGUACAAGAGAGCCAGGACAGUCUGUGCCUCAAGGUGAUCGAGGCCAGCAAGGGACUGGUGGUUCAGAAUUUUCGAAACCUGCCGCUUCACCAGCAAAACAAACUGUUCAGCCGCAACAGCCCAUUCAACCCCAACCAGCACAACCCCCUCAAGCCACUCCCCCUCCAGCCCCUGCCUCCCCUAGUCAGCCGGGUAGCGGGGGUGGGAGGCCAAAUGGCGGUGGUGGUGCGGGUCAGAAGGCUGGUGGAUCUCCACAGCCUGGACAAUCUCAGUCACCGAGUGUCCAAGCUUCAGGCCCUCCGUCACUUGGUGCCUCUGGUACCGGUGGUGGUAAUGGGCAGGGUAAGCAGCCGGGGUCCUCUGUUCCUGGCCCACCAAGUGGUAAAGAUCCCGGUUCAAAGGGCGGUGGUACUACGGUUCAACAAUCUGCUGGAUCUUCAUCAACUAACCAAUAUCAAAGCCCUCAGUCACCUGGUGCCUCUGGUUCCAGCAGUGGUAAGGUGUCUCCUUCUGGGUCUGGUCAACCAGGUGGUAAUGGGCUGGGUUCACACGGCGGUGAUCCUAAAAGUACACAGAUUCCUUCGUUGCCAUCCCCUGCUCCACCUCAGCCUCCAGGUGUUCAAUCUUCAGGCGCUUCGUCACCUGAUGCUCCUGCUCCCAGUAGUGGUCAGGGCCUGGGUGACCAGGUGGGUUCUUCUGGCACCACUCAGCAGCAUGGUAGAGGUACAUCGCGAAGUUCCACCAACGUUGCUACUACUACGUCCGCUGGUUCGGCUCCUGGUGCAGGUGGCGGUGGAGGAGUUGGUGGGAGUAAUGGGAAGGGUACGGCAGGGAAGGAUCAGGGGUCCGGUAAAUCCCAUGAUCAAAAGCAAGACGAGAAAAGCCCACUGCCAGCCUGCAAAAAUGGUGAACAUCCAUUCACUAAAAGCGGUGAAUACAAAUGUUUUCGAAAACCUACGACGAGGAAUUUAACCAAUACAUACGAUAACGUUUGGGAGGACGUCAAUAAAAUAACACAAAAUAGAACAAUUCAAAAGAAUAUACAAAAAAACAAGGAAAAGCAAAAUUUACCACCUCGAAUUCCACCCACCCUUCCAACUCAUCCCACCCCUCAAAUUCCACCCAACCGUCACACUCCACCUAGCCGUCCUGCUCCCGGGCCUACUACUCAGAUCCCGUCUACUCCUCAGCCGCCCAGUGGCAGCCCUGUUAAUCAGCGUCCGCAGAAUGUUCCACAGCAGAGGGACGUUGGACGGGGGGCUACGGAUGCGGUGCCAUCCGAAAUCACAGGUACAAUCAUAAAGGAUACCGAUACAAAGAAAAAGUACGAUAAGAUAGGACGCAGAGUGGAAACCGAACAACAAGUGAGAAAGUGGAACAGGGAAGCCGAAGAGUCGAAGGUUAAAGAACAAGCAAAAACAUCAUUUGCAAUACUGAAAGCAAAUGCUGCGGAAGAAUGGAAAAAGCAGCUAGAAGAGGGGGAGCGCAAGAAAAAACACGAUGAUGCAGCAGAGAAAAUGCAAAAAACAUUGCAGCAAGGGGAUAUAGAGUUGGAGCUCAAAAGAAAAGAAAAGCAAAGAAGAAUGGAUGCCGAACGUGAAUACCAAAAAUCCACUGAACAAUAUAAGCGCCAACUUCUCCAUGGAAUGGAUGUUGAUACAAAAGUUCUAAACGAACAUCCCAGGAGACCUACGUAUCCCGAUGCGGCAAGAGUGGAAACUGAAGUUGCGAGGCGGAAUGCAAGGGAGGACCCAAUGGCCACGGCGACGCCUAUUCAUCCAGAUAAGCAGCCUGUUGAUCUCGAAGGAGAUGCCACGCCCGGCUCUAAAGGUAUUCCAAAAUCCACUUUCCCACCUCUGUCUAGCAAUAUUGGUGUUCCGAUGAGUUACCCGAUCAAGCCACCACAAACCAAAAAGUCAAAAACGACGUCAUAUGAGCCGGAACUUACAGUUACCAAUAUUCCCGAUUUUAACAUGAAACAUCGUUGGUUACCCCCUCCACCAAUCGUUGCGCCGCCCACUUCACUUCCUCCCCCCGCGGCACCGCAUCAUUCAGCUCUCCUACAACAUGACCAUACCUUACAAACGAUGGCAGCCAAAAGUAGAGACCCGAAUGCAUUUGUCUCAAAAGCCGAAGGCACCCCUAUUUCGGCACCUGAUGUGCAUUCGUCAUUCAUUCCUACGGUAUACGUAGAGCCUCCACCACCAGGCGGUUUACAGAUUGCUCUGCCAGACCGCCCUUCACCCAAAGUCGAUGACCCCGAGUUCUUCAUCGAAGUCGCCAAACAUACAUUGCCAGAAAACAACCUUGACUUUGAUUUGGAUUUCGAUGAUGAAUCAACCCAUAUUAGGAAUGAGACACCGCCUGACCCCGUAGAUCCAUCAUUUCCUGCAAUCUCAUUCAAUAUACCGCCUCCGGGCCCAGAGCAGUCAAUGCCACCACAGAAUGAUUUUGAUCCAGAUAUUAUCAGUCGCCCUGACCUUAAAAUGUGCACUGCCCCGUGGAUGACUCAGACAGAAACUGGAGACUCCCCCGACAUCCCUGAGACGGAGCUGUUCCCCGCCGAGGCCCCGCGCAAUGUCCGGGAGAUGCUUACUUGGCUGGCUGGGCUUAGGAACGAAAAGCAUCAUGGCACACUCAGACAAUGUAUUAACAAGGCAUUUAGCGGCUUGUAUAGUGACCCUUCACAGCUUGCACUCUUCAUCAACCACGCAAAAAUCAGACCCGGAGAUGUCUUCGACAUACUCCAACUUACCGCCAUGUUUGCUGGAUCCGUGCUCAAUUCCAUCGCACCUAACUGGAGAGCUAGUGUCCCAUCAAGAACUGUGCAGCCUAAGUCAUCUGACCAAUCCUAUGAGCCUGAUUGCUGCGCCCUCCUCUGCCAGCUGCGUGACUACGUCUACGCCUGCUGCCACCAGUUGCAGUUCCUCAAGUCGCAGUGUAAUAGAGGAAAGUCACAUGGUGGUUGGCAGAAUUGUCAAUACGGCAGAGAUCUCAAGACUCCAUCUCCCCUUCAGGCCUUUCUUACCGACGCCUACGACUCCAAGUUCAAGACGCACCUCUUCGACCCGUGCAACCUGUGCCUCAAGAGCCGUAUCAAGAUGGGAUUUAAGAGAGGGGAUUUGCCUAAUACAUCGCAACAGGGCAGUGUCAUUUCCACCAUCCUCUCUCCCAGCUGCGGCGGUGACGACCUCUUACUGACAUUGUCCUCCUACCUCAACUGCAUCACCAGGCGGACGCCGCGCACCACCGGGGAGCUCGUCUCCUUCUUCCAUCAUUUGGGCAAUUCGCUUCAUGAUAUGUAUUCAGAUACAUUGUUGCCACUAGGCACUGCACUCGCCAAGUCACAUGCCGACUGCCCUGACUGGGACCAUCUUGGUCGCCACGGCCUCCAAGCUGUCAGUGGCAUCCGAGGGUCCGAGCCUCUCAACUUCAUAUCCAAAAACAACUCCAGCCACGACAAGGACCAUCCCCGUACCCUGUCCACACUGGUCAGCUGCGGCAGUGACCCUGACAACUGCCAUCCACGUAUGUCUCCCAUCACGUACCGGGCUUACGCAAUGUACUCUCAUACCUUCGCCAACACCUACCUUAGCUGGGCGGUGUACCUGCCGGACAGACUGUGGGAGUCACUUCAAACAUUGCACUAUGAACUCAAUAAGCACGACAGCAGCAAGUGCACAUCCCUCUACCUGUGUUCCACUGCGCUGCCCCUCCUCUACACUCACGGGUUCACGCCGCCGGAGGGCACAUUGCAGUUACCACUCAAGUGUUCAGAUGUCAUUGUCAAGCUGCAGGAAAUUGUCAACGGUGGGCCUAUCGCAACCCUCCUGACCGCCAUGGACAAUUUCCUCUACGGCAUCCGGGAGCCAUUCAUCUUCACCCUCGUCGCACUGUGGUCCACCGCAUUGCUGGUCCUCGCCAACACAAUGUUGUACCACUUGGACGUGCUCCACAUCCGGUCACACCUUAUCCGCACCAAGGCCUCCCAUCUCAUCGACGUCAAGGCCUUACUCACCAAAGGCCGGAAGAUGCUUUCACUUUACAAGGACGUCGACUACUUCGACGAGGACCCUAUUGGUCAACUUGUUAUUCGAUAA